CGAACAUUGUUCGGUCAGUUUCUUCGCCCACUAGUCUCUCUCUCUCUCUCUCUCUCUCUCUCUCCCCAAUUAUUCUAUCUUUCGCAAAACAUCAACUCCGAAAUAAAACCAGUCUGGUUUUCAGUUCGAGUUUAAGCUUAUCACUCGACCCUUGAAAAUGCGCCUCCAUCCAACCCCUCAAGUCUGUCUUUUUAGCCAAUGACCCAAUGCUCCAUUUCCUCGGCUGAGCGGUUUCGUGAUAUUUUGGUGGGCUUUUCUAAAUGGAUUUCGGGGUGGUGGGUUUUGAUGGGUUAAUGGGUUCAGACAAUGGUUUUUCUUCUCUUGCUUCAGAUCCUGAGACAAAACAGAAGUGGUACGGAGCUGGAUUCCUCAAGCAGCAGAGAUCUGGCACCUCUGAAGAUGACUGGAGGAGCUCAAAGCUGGUCAAGACUGAUGACUACUCUGCCUCCAAGGCGGUGCUGCUUCACCAGAAAAAUGCUCUACUGAGAUCUAAUUGCACCCUAUUCUCUGAUGGUCAGCAACAACAGCAAAUGCUGAGCUUCUCCUCUCCCAAAUCAGAAGUUCUUGUGGAAAAAAAUUUUCAGAAUGCCCCAUUACCUAACUUUCACCACGCAUUAUCUGCAUACAGUAGAAAUACAGGCUAUAGCUCAGGAAGCCUGGAUGGCGCAAGCGCGCAUGGUGUUUUACCGGGAUCGCGAGGGCCAUUUACUCCAUCUCAAUGGAUGGAGCUAGAACACCAGGCCUUGAUCUACAAAUACAUAACUGCAAAUAUGCCUGUACCAUCUAACCUUCUCAUUCCCAUCAGAAAAGCCCUUGAUUCUGCCGGGUUCUCUAGCUUUCCAGGGGGGCUUCUGAGAGCCAAUACAUUGGGAUGGAGUUCUUUCCAUUUGGGAUUCUCCAACAAUACCGAUCCUGAGCCCGGAAGGUGUCGAAGGACCGAUGGGAAGAAAUGGCGAUGCUCAAGAGAUGCCGUUGCUGAUCAAAAAUAUUGUGAACGGCACAUGAACAGGGGCCGCCAUCGUUCAAGAAAGCCUGUGGAAGGCCAAAUCGGCCACGCCAUCACCGGGACCACCACCCCCAGCACCAACUCGAAGCUGAUGCCUAUUGCUUCAUCCCCCUCAGCAUCUGCAGCGGUGGUACCCAGUGGCGGCGGUGCGGCCAAUGGCCUCACCUCUGCACACCAACAACUUAAGAACCUGCAGCAUGAUGUAUCUGGUCCUUCUGUGGCCAGCACCAUCAACAGCAGGAUGUUUAUCAACAAAGACAAUAUGGGUGAAAGAAUGCAAGAUCAACCCGGCCUCUCGAUGCUAUCUCCUUCCAUUGACCUGAAACCUAAAGAAAACUCUUUCAUGAUUCAAAAACAGCAAAUUUCAUAUGAAGAACCCUCAAGAAAUGUGUUUGGGCUAGUCACUUCUGAUUCCUUGCUCAACCCUUCACAUAGAAGCCCAAGUUUAGUGAACUGUUCUUCGCAAGAGGUCAGUGAUGGAGGAACUGAUUCACAACAAGCACUUCGCCAUUUCAUUGAUGACUGGCCUAAAUCCCAAUGUGAUCGCUCAGCUAUUUCCUGGCCUGAGAUUGGGAUGCAACCAGACAGGACCCAGCUAUCGAUCUCUAUCCCCUUGGCUUCCCCGGGCUUUGUAUCCUCCUCUUCUUCUCCAACUGGUGAGAAACUUACCCUUUCGCCACUCAGACUGUCACAUGAGUUGGACUCAGUAAGGAUGGGCUUGGGAGUGGGUAGUGUCCUUAAUGAACCAAGCCCAAGGCAAGCAAGUUGGAUACCAAUCUCAUGGGAAGCAUCUAUGGGUGGUCCCCUUGGAGAGGUUUUGCAUCAUAGUAAUGGUGCAAAUGACUGCAAGAACCCAUCCGCUCUUAACCUUAUGACUGGGGGCUGGGACAAUGGCCCCCCUAUUGGAUCAUCUCCAACUGGGGUCUUACAGAAGACCACUUUUGGGUCUCUUUCUAACAGCAGUGCAGGGAGCAGCCCGAGAGCUGAGAAUCACAAGACACUUGAAGGGGCAAGCCAGUGCAAUGACCUCCUUGGCUCGACUCUGAAUUCCUCGUCCUUGCCUGCCGUGUAGCCACUUGACCUACCAACUCAGAAACUACUAAGGUGAUUGGGGAAAAAAAAAAAAAAAAAAAAGGAAAAAGAAUUUUAUCUGUGCUGAAACAAAUAGCAAGUUUUUCGGAGUUUCUAGUUGGUGAAUCUUUUUUAAUUUCAUAACCUGUCUCUUUUUCUUGUUUUUGGCUCCCAAUUUGGGUUUGUUAGUUUUGCGUGAAAAUUUGAUUUCUAUAUAACGGUGAAUGUUUUGUAA